AUGAGGCGGCGUCGAUCGAGCCGCGUGUCAACCUCGGCCCCUUCGGCUUCGGCUUCGUCCUCGGGCCCGGCAUUGUCGUCGCCGUUAUGUGCACGCGCACAGCCGGCGAUCUCACUCUCACCCCCCUCAUCACCGAAUUCGGCCGACCCUCCCGUUGAUGAACUGUGCGACGUAGACCAAUCCAAGCGCCCGACCCUGCGGCCUAGGGCCAAGUCGAUGCACCACACCAUGUACCCACCAUCAUCAUCGUCGGCCUCGUCACUCGACUAUGGCUCGGCCCUUCUCACCUCGCUCGAUUUGUCCGGCUCCAUCUGGACUCUACGCGAGUACGUGCUCGGUCGAGUCGACCAGGUCGAGCACAACAUACAGCUGCUCAAAGCCUAUGUCGCGGAAAGCGAAUCAGAGGACUGCCGCAGCGGUGAUUCCAGCUGCGUAGAAGCUGAACCCGAGACCGAGACGGAGAACGAGUGCGACAACGAAGCGCUCGAGACCUACGACGACGAGAUCGAGUGUCUGGCCGAGCUGAGCGAAUCCGAGCGCGACGUCGUCGUGAACGCUGUCAGGUCACGGCGGCGGAGAGCUGCCGUCGACCCCGCACUCGCAGCAAAGGGCCAGCCGACAUGGGAGCAGGUCAAGCAAGAGAUCAGCGCGCUCGAGCUUUUCAUCACCAAGGCCUCUCGAUUUCUCAACGCAGUUCGCAGCGGGUGGCCCUCCUUGUCGACGCUCAAUUCUCCAACCUACGUCGAUGGCACGACUUCGCCCGCGCUUGUGCAGUUCCAACUUUCACCCGAGGCCCGACAGGCACUCGACCACUUCCUCGAAGACCAUCCGAUCCCCUCGCUACCCCGACUCAACUUCCGCGCCCGAUUCGACAAUGGCCGACAACGGGCGUCAGACUCUGCCUCAGCUUUGCUCUCACGCGUAUCCAGCGAGUUGGCCGCACUGCAGCACGUGCUCAACUCGAUUUCAACAACCGAGCGGGUGUCGUCCUUCAUGCCCACUCUGCCCACCUUGCCAUCGACCCCUGCAGUUGUGCUGACCGAGAUGCGCGACUACUUUGCUGCGGAGUCGACCCGUCUCGGUGGAGCGCUGCAAAGGUACCGACCUGGCACGGCAACGUUCGACAAAGUGUCGAAUAAUCUACGCACCCUUCGCAACGAGGCGUCGGACAGCCUACAGGCCGGUGUCGCGCAUUUGCAGGAUGGCGCAAACGAGCUGACAGCCCUGCUCUCGUCAUCGAGCAGUGCUGCACUUGACGAGGCGGCCAAGUUCUACCAUGCCGCAUUGUCACGAGGCAAGGAGCGUCUGUUGAGGUACGAAGAGCUGCCAUUCCCGUGGCGCAAUAACGAGCACAUCAUCACGGGCUAUCGGUUCUAUCCGAUCGAACGCUGGGGUGUCUUGCUACGAUCCGCUUUUGAGAUUCACAAUGAGACCAUCAACAUUCAAGUGAGUCACUGAUGUGAGAAAGCCACAUGAGCUCGUACCCAGCUUGGAACAGUUUGCUGACGUAGUGGUGGACGGUCUCUCAGUCCCAUUUCGUUGGCUUCCUUUCACUCAUCUAUCUGCUCGUCUACGUCAUGCCGGGCUCGCCUCAUUGGUUGCCGAACUCGCACUGGGCCGACACAGCAAUUGCGCUCGUUUUCGUUGGUGCCGCCAUGAAGUGCCUUCUGUGCUCUACGGCCUGGCAUCUCAUGGCCGGAUGUGCGACGGAUCAUUGGCACCGAGGCGCUGCGUGCGUCGAUUACGUUGGCAUUUCGGGCCUCAUCGCCGCUUCCGUGAUGGGAAUCGAAUACUACGGCUUCUACUGCCGCCCUCAACUCGCCACGGUCUACAUCGUCUUUUCUGGGGCACUCGGUAUCAUGGGCAUGGUCUUUCCCUGGCAGGCAUGGUUCAACGAACGGGAGUACAAGAGUGCACGCAUCGCGUUCUUCUUGUCAUUGGGCGGCAGCGCAAUCAUGCCCGUCUUGCACAUGGCGGUUCUGUACGGUUUGUUCGACACGGUCAAGUACCUCAUGCCGGUCGGGCUGUCUGUCAGCGCCUAUCUGGUUGGACUGUCAUUCUAUGGUUAUCAGUUUCCGGAAUGCACGGCACCGGGGCGCUGGGACAUAUUUUUCGCGAGUCACCAGGUCUGGCAUGGUGAGUAGGGAUGGCACUCAGUUUACUUGACCUUGACACUAAAGCGAUAUUUUUCGGGAUCGCUGCACAGUCGCUAUUGUCUUUGCGGUGUGGGCGCAUUGGUGGGCGCUAUCCGGGUGGGCGGACUUGGCCAGUCAGGGCAUGGAUCUUUCGUGCUCGGCGACGAAUCUUCUUGCUCUUACUCCCCGGUCCCGUGAGUGUAUUUACCCGGAGACAUCCGUGCUCUAUCAACUGUCAGUUUAG